AUGGUAUCACUAGUUUGGCAACUACUCGUCGUGUGCGGUACCGCCACAUUCGUAUGUGGAAAAUGGAAUACAACUAAGUUUCUAUUUGCUUUCGGGGACUCGUAUACAACCGACGGUUUCAAUAUAUCGGCCGGUGUGGAUUCACUAGUACCCGGCUUUACCUCUUCCAAUGGUCAGAACUGGGUUCAGUUUCUCGGUGGAACAUACAACGUUACGAACACCAAGGUUUUCGAUCUUGCCUCCGGUGGCGCUACUAUCGAUGCUGCGCUGGUACCGCCGUUUGAACCCACGGUGCUCUCGAUAGUGGACCAAGUAGGCCAAUUCAAUCAACUUCUAGCGCCGAAGCCUGUGAGCGCAUCAUGGAAUGCGUCAAAUAGUCUUUUCGCAUUCUGGAUUGGUAUAAACGACGUUGGAAACUCGUUCGGCUGGACAAAUGUCACAUCGCAGAGCGAUUUUCAUCGGACUCUCAUGAGAAGAUUGUUUGGUCAGGUGGAUAGCCUCUUCCAAAGCGGCGCUCGCCAGUUUUUAUUCCUGACAGUCCCGCCUACUAAUCGCGCCCCGCUGCUUAUUGAUCAGGGUCCUAAAGCCGUCGCGAGUAUUACAUUUGCAUUGGCAGAUUUCAACAACCAGCUGGCUGCCAAUGUAAAAAAUUUCCAGCAGCGACAUCGGGGCGUCACCGCGAGCGUUUUUGACACUAGACCUAUCUUCAAUACCCUUCUUGACCAUGCCGAUACAUUCGGAUUUGUCAAUGUGACUGGGUUCUGCGAGGCUUACCAAAAUGGUACGCCUGAUAUUAACACGCAAAUUCCACCGUGUGCUCCGGUGUCCAGCUACUUCUGGUUGAACUCUCUACAUCCGCUCUUCACCAUCCACAACACUCUGGCUAAGGCCAUUGCAACAUCAUUGAGUGCCUAAGCUUUGGAAAGUUUAACAAAUGCGCAGGCACAUCUACACUCCAGGACAGAAGCAUGAUUAACGGACAUGAAUUGUGUACAUCGUUGACCCGUAGAAUAUCAAGUCUCACCCCCUUCUGCGCGCUUGUGAUGAUUCGCAGUGGCACGCACUGCCAUGAUCAAGAUUCAUCACACGCUCUAAGGGGCGGUGAUCCUGGGAUAAGGAGAGGGACUGUGAAGAACUGGGAGUUAGCCAGGCUGGAAGCAGAGCACAAUUAUGGCUCCGUCAUCAGUGACGUCCAGGUACCAUCAAAUUAAACGUCCUGCAGCCCUUUCCAGAGGGGCCAAGCAGGGCCACGGGUACUCUGGAAGCGUCGUCCAGAACGAAAUGUAGAUUGUCGUGCUCGUGCGUUCCAACGGAUUGCCAAAAAAAAAUGUGGUCGAUUCU